AGGACUCACCCCUGAACCGAAGGCCCUGAGGAAGAGGAGGAGGGAGCAGGAAGGGCUUCCCAGAGAAUCCACCCUGGGUAGAAGCCCUACAAGUUCAGAGAAGGUGGGAAAGCCCAGAGGAAGAGCUCAGACCUGAGCCCUAGGCUCGGCCCCAGGACCCCAGACCCUGUCUUCAGCAGCUCAUCAUCUGUUAGGAUGAUGCAUGUGAUGGAACCCCAGGGCACCUUGAUCCUUGUGUCAGAAUGGCUACCCUGUGCCUGAGCAGUCUAAAAUGAACAAAGCCUCUGGGGUUGGUGAAAAGACCAAACUCUUUAGGACUGAGCGAUACCACCCUGAGAGGCCGGGGCUGUGGGCUUAUUGGCCCCAUUUCUUGGAGGAGUAUGCUGAGGUCUGGGAUCCGGCAUCCCCUGGGGCUUUGUUUCCAGCCCAGGCUGAUGACCACGUUGGCAUAUUUCCUGGGGAGUUCUCUCUCAAGUCCUUCCUGCUUCGACUGGGAGGCUAGGACUGAGACCAAGGCAUCUACUCUACAAGAGGAAUUUCUGAAGACCUAGGGACAGGAAUGGAAAGACUAGGGGGAACUAGAGGGCCCCUGGGUUCCGUGUGUGCCGAAGCUUGUGGACAGGAGGACACACGAGGGAGGCAGAGGGAAGGCCCCGUUGGGGAGAUUCCGAGGUCACCCAGUCCCAAGUACGCAGCACGGCCAUCCGCAGCAUCCUUCUCCCCUGGGAAAAGCCCCAGUGGGGAGGAAGGCCACUUGUGUGGGGGCUCCCACCCUCCUGGAGAGAGAUCCCUGAGCCGGGAGGAUGCAAGAAGAGAGGGGCAGAACCUGCCCUCAGGGAUACAGCAAACCCCUGCUGGUGAGAAGCCCUAUGAGUGUGGUGAAUGCGGGAAAGCCUUCAUGCAGCACUCAUCUCUUACUCUGCACCAGAGAGUUCACACCGGAGAGAAGCCUUACACAUGCCAGGAGUGUGGGAAAGCCUUCCGGUGGAGCUCAGACCUUCGAAAACACCAGAGGAUUCACAGUGGAGAAAAGCCCUAUCAGUGUGGGGAAUGUGGCAAAGCCUUUGGGAGGAGCUCAUCCCUUAUUGAGCACCACAAGGUUCACACUGGUGAGAAGCCCUAUGAAUGUGCUGAGUGUGGAAAAGCCUUCAAGGGGAGCUCAGACCUGAGCCAACACAGGAGGGUUCACACUGGGGAGAAGCCCUAUGAGUGUGAAGAAUGUGGGAGAGCCUUCAUGUGGAAGACAGCCCUCAUCACUCACCAGAGAAGUCACAGUGGGGAGAAGCCUUAUGAGUGCCCUGAAUGUGGAAAGGCUUUUAUCCAGAGCUCACACCUCACUCAACACCAGAGAAUUCACACUGGGGAGAAGCUCUAUGAAUGCAGUGUCUGUGGGAAAGCCUUCAGUGUGAGUUCCUACCUUAUUGAGCACCAGAGAACUCACACUGGAGAAAAGCCCUAUGAAUGCAGUGUCUGUGGGAAAGCUUUUAUCCAAAGAUCACACCUGACGCAACACCAGAGGAUUCACACUGGAGAGAAGCCCUAUGAAUGCAAUCAUUGUGGGAAAGCCUUUCGCUACAGCUCAGAUCUGAUCCAGCAUCACAAACUUCAUACUAGGGAAUAUGUUGUUUCCUCACAGCCCACUGCUUCUCUGAACUCCUACAGGACUGUGGGCCUGGGUGGGCCUCUGUCCUCCCUGGGAAAGCUGGGCCAGAUCCCCCCCACCCCGCUGCCCCUGCCCCUCUUCGGGGAGCUUCCUCUGAGGGCCCAACCUGGCAGCCUCUGUGGGCAGGGAGCUAAUUGGGAGGUCAAGGUCCAGAACAAAAUGUCACACCCCCAGCAAGAGCUUCCAGAAACUGCCGGAAUAGGAACAGAAAGAUCCCAGGAGGAUGGUCUCCAGGGCUCCGUGUUGAUGGAAGCCAGUGAAAGACUGAAGGACUUAGAUGGGAGGCAAAAGGAAAAUCCCUCCAGAGAGCCCCCCAGGCCAGCCGUCCCCCAGAGGACAAGCAGCUCCCACACUGGGGAGACCACUCAGGGGCAUGCUGGGAUUAGGAGAAGCUUCUGUCUGAGCCCCCACCCUGUUACUCAGGAGGGCCUUUGCGAAGAGGAGAGACCACCACAAGGCUUUGGUGUGGCAAGGGAGAGCCCGCAUCCCAAGCCAAGUACCUGGGGGAGGGUCUGUGCCAGGAAGAACUCUGCUGACCAAGAGAGCGAUGCCCUAGGGAAAGAGGACUUUGGGCCGUUCACAAAGCAGCUAAGAGCUCCCUCCAGAGGGAAGACCUACAUGUGCAGUGAAUGCGAGAGAGGGUUCCGGUGCCGGUCAAAUCUCCGUGAGCACCAGAGGAUUCACACCGGAGACAAGCCCUACACAUGCCAGGAAUGUGGCAAGGCCUUCAUCCAGAGCUCCACCCUCACUAAACACCAGAGAAUUCACACUGGUGAGAGACCCUAUGCAUGCAGGGAGUGUGGGAAAGCCUUCAGAGGGAGUUCAGACCUUAGGAAGCACCAGAGAAUUCACACCGGAGAAAAACCCUACACAUGCCAUGAAUGUGGAAGGACCUUCACCUGGAGCUCAGCCCUGGUCACACACGAGAGAACUCACAGUGGGGAGAAGCCCUACAAGUGCCUUCACUGUGGGAAAGCCUUUGCUCGAAUCUCAUCCCUCAUUGAGCACCAAAAAAUCCAUACUGGAGAGAAGCCUUAUGAAUGUCAUGAAUGUGGGAAGGCCUUCAAGGGGAGCUCAGACCUAAGUCAGCACCAGAGGAUUCACACUGGUGAGAAACCCUAUGGAUGCAAGGAAUGCGGGAGGUCUUUCAUGUGGAGGACAGCCCUCAUCACUCACUGGAGGACUCAUAGUGGGGAGAAGCCCUAUGAAUGCCAGGAGUGUGGCAAGACCUUCAGCCAGAGCUCCUCCCUUACACAGCACCAGAGAAUUCACACUGGAGUGAAGCCCUAUCAAUGUAAGGCAUGUGGAAAGGCCUUCAGCCAGAGCGCCUACCUUAUUGAACACCAGAGAAUUCACACUCAAGAGAAGCCCUAUGAGUGCUGUCAGUGUGGGAAGACUUUUGUCCAAAGCUCACACCUGACUCAGCACCAGAGAAUUCACACUGGUGAGAAGCCCUAUGAGUGCAGUCAGUGUGGGAAGGCAUUCAGAUAUAGCUCCUACCUUCUGCAGCACCAGAAGCUUCACACCUGACAACUGCUUUGAGUUAUUGUUCUCCUUUAUGCUCCACAGUGAAAAUGAAGGCUCCCCUAGGCUUCUCUCCCCUCUCCUUCACAGCACUCCUUUUAUUCCUCAUCCCUGCUUCAGAGAAGGCAGAAGACCACCUCAUUCUGUCCCACCCCAUCCAUCCUUUGGCUCCUCCAGUGACCCUCCUCUUUCUGACCUUUCCAGCCCCUCCCUCUCUCCCAACUUCUUUCUCUCUGCCUACAAACCUGCCUGAGUCUUCCCUCUCCUGAACAUUGACCCUUGGGAAGUACAGUCCCUGGCCCUACAUUUAGCUCCUGGAAGGCCCCCAUCUCUGCCACUUAGCCAGAUGCUGUUGUCAUCUCUCUCUCUCUCUCUCUCUCUCUCUCUCUCUCUCUCUCUCUCUCUCUCGUUUUCUUUCUCUCUCCUCUGUCUCUGUCUCUCUGGCCCAAGGUCCCCAGAGACUUUCCCACUAUGGAGCCUGGUCACCUGCUCCCAGGCCUCACCCUUGACCUCUAACAGAUUUGAAAGGCUCAUGGCCACCCCAGCUUACAUGACUCCUUACCAUGGGCCUGUGCUGUGGCACCCUCCCACACCCCCUUGUGUUGCUUGCUCAUCAUGGGUACCCUCACCCUGCCUUGGUCUUCUGUGACCCCUUAUCCCUGCCCUUUUCUCCCUCAGAGAGCUUGGGCGUUGCCCAUGGCUCCAUCUCAAGGCCUGUCCUCUUGGAGAGGCAUCAGAGCCUGUCCAGUCAAGCUGUCCUGGCACAGCAGGAACCCCUGCAGUCAGUCAGCAGACACUGGACCAAGCAUGCAUGGGCUUGCAAAUACCCUCCAGGAGGAAGUCCAGCCUCUGCCCCACCCACUCUGGGACUGGCUCUGAGGAGGCAAGCCAAGCUAGGCUGGCUCUGCAUCCAUGCCCAUAACUCCCCUGCUCUCUCUCCUCUGGGUGCUAGGCACUUGGUCCACCCCCCGCCCCCCAGAAGGCCAACACCAAAUGCGUCCCUCAAGAUGUGGUGUAGGCAGUGGAGAAUGGAGCGGGACCACGCCCUCCUCCCCAUUAGAUCCCAUUCGCUCUUGUGGCUGCCCCAGCACAGACCCUGACUCUUAUUCAUGUGCCUGCUAGCAGCGAGAGGCCUCUGAUGCCCUCAGAUGGGCUCUCUCCCCUGACUCCCUCCUUUUGCCAGGGACUCUGUCCAAGCUUGCCUGGUCAUUUCCUGGCAUGCCCUGGGGAAAGCUCUGGCUCCAUGGCUCCUGUCCUGGGGAGGUGAGAGGCAGGUUGUGGCCCAUGGCUGUCUUCUUGGAGAAGACACUAGCCCUUCAUCCCCUGGGGUCAGCCCUCUCCCCAUCUCUCCUGGUUCUGUCCUGGAGGUGGGGCAAGAAGAAGACUGACCCCCACCCCCACUCCUCCAAUGCUUGAACAAAGCCCUCCUGUCCUCCCGGAACCUUCCUGGGGUUAAACAGACCCAACUGUGCCAGCCCCUGUAGUCCUUCCCUUUGGCACUGAGCCUGGUGAGAAGCAUCCGUGCCCACACCCUGGGGGGCAGGACUAGCUCUGGGUCUCCAGCGUCCUCCGUGGCUUCUUCCCCUUUCCAGCCGGAUCCCUCCUUGCAGGUUCUCAGGUGAGAGUGUGGCUCCAGGCCUGGGGCAGAGGGUGUGCAGGCCAGACAGAUCACCACCGUCUGGAGGAAGAGAGAGGGGAUGGAACUGGGGGGAGCACAGGGAGUGAGGGACCCAGGCAGGAACAGAAUCGAGUCUUCUACAGGCCUGGGGAGGGGCGAGGCAGCAGGGCUACGGAAAAUGGGCCGAGAGAGUGGGGCUGCAAGGACUUCAGCCCUGCCCAUGCCCUGGAAAGUGCUCACUGGGAGCACCCCCCAUAAUCUGCUUAGGUGCAGGAGGUAGAGAGAGGGAGGGAGGAAGGAGCCCCAGGGAGGGGCAGUCAAGCUCACCCGCUAGGGCUCCUGGCUAGGCUGGGCUUACAGGAGGGUCUGGGUGCCUGGAGCCCAGGGCAGAAUCAGGAUCCGGGAGUGCAAUGGACUGGAGAAGGCUGGGGUACGGUGGGGGCCACAUGACAGCUGCCUCCCUUAUUGGGCCCUGCACAAGAACCAGGAGCAGGGGGCAGGUUAGGCAGAAAUGACAGCCUUUCCCAGGAGUCCAGUCAUGUCCUUGGUCACCACUGGUGGGCCCGGCCAUGGCUUCACGUGGGAGAGAGACGGCGGGAGUGGGCGUGAUCAGGGCUGAAUUGCAAUGGGCCUUGAAAGCCAAGGCCAGGCCAGAGAACAGCCUCAGCUUUGGAGUUGGGGGAGUCAUGUGACUCAGGCCAGUCUCUCCUUCCUCUGGUCUUCUCAGUUUCUGCUUCUGUAAAACAUCACCUUCUAUGAGUCAUGUAGCCCUGGCUCCCACUAGGGCCUCAAAUCCAGACAGAUGAGGCUGCAGACGCUUUUGGGAAAUGGAGGUAGGGGGAGAAGGGCAGGGCAGGGCCUGUAGGGACCCAGUCAAGCCCCAUUCCCCAUAGGUGGCCCAAACCCAGCACAGUGCCCAUGUGGGAGGGAGCAGAGUGUGUGUGUGUGUGUGUGUGUGUGUGUGUGUGUGUGUGUAGGGGUGAACCUAUGUGCAUGGGCUGUCUGGGGGAGGGGAUGGGAAACUGAAGCCAACUGCAGCAGUCCCCUGCACUGGGCCGGAGUGAUGGGAGUGUGCUCCCUGUCACACUACAGCCACCACCAUUCAGGUGCUGGACGGCUGCUGUGGCUGGGCAUCAUGCCAGGGAAAGUAGAGGCGACUCCCCCGAAGUCCUUAGAGGGAGGGUGCUGGAGAAAGACCUCCCUGCCCUUCCUCCCAGCCAUCUCAAGAAGUCCAGCUGCUCCCUUGGACCUCCAGGAUCAAGCAUCACUUCCUAUCGGGGUUCCCAGCCUCUCCAGGCUUCCUACACCUUCCUUCCCACCAUGACGCCCCCACCUCCAGAUUCCACACCUUGGACUGGCUGUGCUCCCUCCCUCCUCACCUCUGCCUCUUUGCAGGAAGUCUCUUGGGUCCCAUAAUGCUAGUGCCUUUCCUCUGAGGUCACCUCCUGUUUGCCCUGUAUAUAUCUCAUCAGUGCAUGUUGUAGCCUCCCUUAGACUGUGAGCUCUCUGAGGGCAGAGAUUCUCCUUUUGCCUUGCUUUGUAUCCCCAGUCCUUAGUCCAGUGACUGGCACAAGUAAGCACCCAAUAAAUGCUUG